GUCAGUGUGGGAACUUGAGCAUGCAGGUGAAUCCGCAGGUGUGUUGUGGUGCCGCAGUUGGAAGACGUGCUUCAGCAAAUGCCAGCGCUGGCGUCCUUCCGCUGGUGAAACUUGUCUACAUUUUCGUAUUUUGCAGACAUAAAGUGAACUUUUUUUAAAAAGAAAAAAAGAAGAAAAAAUAAGGGGGGGGGGGGGGAUGUUUUCUGUUCGGUCUCUCAAGUCUGAUGGAAUGACUGGAGUUUACUGACGCAAGUCUACGUAACAGGAAAUACCUUUUUAUAUUUUAUUUAUUUUUUACCCAUCAUGGAUUUAAGUUCAAGGAGAGGAGUGGAUUUGUUUGUUAUUUUUUGUGUGUUUUUAAGUCUUCUUUAUGGCUCCAGAGCGGAAGUUCCAUCUAGACCUACUGCCAGUGUCACUAUUUUGCCUCCGAUUAAGCCUGAUAAUGGCCCCCAGCCUUAUCCAGAAGAGGAAAAAUCCAAUUUACCUGUGUUUACAAUGAACUACUCCAGGAUACAGAUCCCUUUUGAGAUCACCCUAUGGAUGCUGCUGGCUUCAUUUGCUAAAAUAGGUUUUCAUGUGUACCCCAAGAUCACGUUCUGGGUGCCUGAGUCAUGCCUUCUCGUCAGCAUUGGUCUGAUUGUGGGGGGCAUCAUGUACUCGGUCCACGAGAAGCCCCCUGCCGUGCUCACCAGCAACGUCUUCUUCCUUUACAUGCUGCCCCCGAUCGUCCUCGACUCGGGGUACUUCAUGCCCACCAGACCUUUCUUUGAGAACGUCGGCACGGUGCUGUGGUUUGCCGUGGUUGGGACCCUGUGGAACAGCAUCGGCAUUGGGAUGUCCCUCUUUGCCAUUUGCCAGAUUGAGGCGUUCGGUGUGCAGGACAUCAACCUGCAGGAGAACCUGCUGUUCGCCACCAUCAUCUCGGCUGUGGACCCCGUGGCAGUUCUAAGCGUGUUUGAGGAUGUAAGCGUCAAUGAGCAGCUCUACAUCGUGGUGUUUGGGGAGUGCCUCUUCAACGACGCCGUCACUGUGGUGCUGUACAGCAUGUUCAGCUUUGUGACUGAGAUGCCGGUGGUGGAGCCUGUGGAUGUGUUCCUUGGCGUUGCCAGGUUUCUCGUGGUUGGACUUGGUGGGAUGGGCUUCGGCGUCCUUUUUGGCUUUGUGGCAGCUUUCACAACAAGAUUCACCUCUAAGGUCCGAGAAAUUGAGCCCCUCUUCAUAUUCAUGUACAGCUACUUGGCCUAUCUAGUAGCUGAGCUCUUUGCCAUCUCCUCCAUCAUGGCCAUCGUCUGUUGUGCCCUCACCAUGAAGUAUUACGUAGAAGAGAACGUCUCCCAGCGAUCCUGCACAACCAUCCGGCACGUGGUUAAGAUGCUUGGCGCCAUCUCUGAAACUUUAAUUUUCUUCUUCCUGGGUGUUGUUACCAUAACUACAGAGCACGAGUGGAACUGGGGGUACAUCCUCUUUACACUGCUCUUUGCCUUCAUAUGGAGAGGCUUGGGUAUCCUGGUACUGACUCAGAUCAUCAACCCAUUCCGUACCAUUCCGUUCAACACCAAAGAUCAGUUUGGAAUGGCAUAUGGAGGUCUGCGAGGGGCAAUUUCCUUCGCUUUGGCCUUCACACUUCCUGAUAACAUCGGUCGCAAACAUCUAUUUGUCACUGCCACCAUCGUCAUCAUCCUCUUCACUGUCUUCCUUCAGGGCAUAAGCAUUCGACCUCUGAUUGAGUUCAUCAACGUCCGCAGAACCAACCGCAAAACCGACACCAUUAACAUCGAGAUUCAUACCAGGCUCAUGGAGCACACAAUGGCUGGCAUAGAGGAUUUAUGUGGUCAGUGGAGCCACUACUACUGGAAGGACAAGUUUAUGAAGUUCAACAAUCGGAUCUUACGCAGGAUCCUCCUCCGAGACAACCGGGCAGAGUCUAGUAUUGUGGCUCUGUACAAGAAGCUGGAGCUACAAAAUGCCAUAGAGAUUCUGGACACAGCCUCUGGAGACAUCAGUGCAGCUCCGUCCAUCAUAUCUCUCCAAGAGGAAAAGAAAAAUUCAACCAAACCCAAGAAGAAGUUCUUAGCUGCUGACCUGAAGAACAUGCACGACAUCCUUUCCAAGAACAUGUACAAGAUCAGGGAGCGGACUGUGUCAUACACAAGUAAGCACGCCCUUCCGAAUGACAACCAAAGAAGGGAGAUUCUGAUCAGACGACAUUCCAGCAUCCGUCGAAGCCUUCGGCCUGGCAGCUUUCAGACGAGGCAGCAGAUCGUGCCCAAGUCCCAGAAAUACUUCUCCCUUCCACCCGGAGAGAGUCUGAACUCCAGAUUUCCUCCUACGAGGCAAAGUUCUGCAGAUGCUCAAGAGACCAUGUCAGAGGUCGCCUAUCCAGGUCGGCGCUCUCGCUUUGGCAAUCGCUCCUCUUCUGGAGCCAUGAUGCCUCUGCACAGGCUGGGCACCCUGAAGGAAGUCUCCUCCGUGGACUUUCUUAACGAGAGCGAAAGAGGGAGCACCGGUCGAGGCAGUCAGUCCCGCCCACAAAGUCUUCGUCACCACCUUAGCGCUGAUGACAACAACGGCUUAGUAGAUGAAAUGAGAAUCAGACAGGUUGAAGAGGAGGAGGAAGAGGAGGAAAGACCACAAGCAUCUCAACCUCCGGCUUGGGCAGCUGAGCCCAGAGACGAGACGCCGCAAAACCCGCUGCUCAGGCGGCCGCAGUGGAAUGAGAAGAAAUGAAGUCUCUGGGAUUUAAGCUGCAACUUGACAGCAACAAACUUCGACUCCAGAAACUGAAAAUGUUUAUUUCUCCAGUGAGCCGCCAAUGAAAGAACAAGAAAAGGACAAAAAAUACCUCAGAAGUGUCCUGCACUUUAGAUGCCCAGAGCUGUCACUCAUGUGUGAGCACGGAAUUACUGCCAAGUUUAAACAUGUAAUGCUUUCAACUUUUUUUAGUGAAUCUUUGUUUGAUUUUAAACUUUAGAACUUCCUGUUUUUGAGAAAAUUGUCAUUUGUGGUCAUUAUUUACUUUUUUUUAACAUGUUGUAGCUUUGUUAUUGUAGUUGAAACAUGAAGAAGCUUUUGUCCCUUUUUGUGCAAUACGCACAAAGCUUUUCAUGCACCAAGAAGAGCAUUUGAGCCUUUUAAAUGUUUUUAAAUGUUUCAGCCUUUUUUUUAUUACCCAGUUCUGCAAUAAAUAUUCUGUUUAACACAGUGGAAAAUUCUGGAUCAGGUUCAGAUAUUACUUUAAAAAAAUGCUGCUAAAAGGUGCAACCAAGAAAGGAACAGAAAAAUAAAUAUUAUCUUUUUCCA